GUAAAUAAGAAUAAAGUAACAAAUUUACCUUUACUUUUAUUUUUUUCUCAUUAACUUAAAAGUGACAUCUACUCUUAGAAAGAUAGACAAAAGUGUAAAAAAAAAAUCACUUAUUAUCGUUCCUUAAUCGUUGUAUAGUAUUUGUGGAAUGAAGAUUUAUACCGGAAGCGCCAUAAAGUUGUGCAAAAACCCUUCACUCCCUUUACCCCGUUAUUACCUCUGUCCAAUACCUUUGUGGACGAGUACAGAUCUUUCUUAGACUCCACAACGUCUGUGUUGCUCAUUAUUUGCGAAGUCGUGAAGAAAUCUCCACUUUUUCUGGGUAAAAAUGGGUAAAAAGGUUAAGAAGAAGGCUAGAAAUGUCCACAAUGAAAAGAGGGUUCAUGCUGCAGCUUGUACCUCUGUUUCUCAACAGAGUAGACACAAUACUGAAGGUCAGGAAGAGGGAGUUGUAGCUGUAAAAGAGAUAAAAAUGUGCCCCCAUGUUGAUAAGAAACUUAAUCUUGAAAAAGUUUCUGCAAAAAUUGGCUCUUCAGAAUCUCUUAGGUGUGAAGAAUGCACGGGUGGGGAUUUUGAUAACCGGUCAUCUAAGGGGAAGAACAAGCAUGUGAAGAAGAAGGUGGGUGCGGAUAAAGCUAUAUGGAUUUGUCUAGAAUGUGGUCAUUUUUCAUGUGGGGGUGUUGGUCUUCCUACGACACCUCAAAGCCAUGCUGUUCGCCAUUCAAAGAAAUAUCAUCAUUCAUUGGCUGUCCAGUAUGAAAACCCUCACCUUAUUUGGUGCUUCCCAUGCAAUAAACUUAUUCCUUUCAAUAAAACAGAUGACAAUGGUGAACACAAAAAGGUUUUACUUGAGAUUGUGAAACUAAUCAAAGGAACACAACCUGAGGUUACCAAUCUAUAUCCUGACAAUGUGUAUUCUUCAACUGGGAGUGGAACUAUCACGAGUUGUGUCGUAUCAAAACAAUCUGGUUGUGGUUAUUCUGUGAGAGGGUUUAUUAAUUUAGGGAAUACAUGUUUCUUUAAUUCUGUAAUGCAGAAUCUUAUGUCAAUUAAUAAGUUGCGGGACCAUUUUCUUGGGGUGGAUGCUUUUGUUGGUCCGCUUACUGCUUCUAUGAAAAAACUCUUCAUAGAGACAAAUCCUGACAACGGUUUGAGGGGCAUUGUAAAUCCAAAAUCUGUUUAUAGUUCGAUAUGCUCCAAAUCUCCUCAAUUUCGAGGUUACCAGCAACAAGAUAGUCAUGAACUGCUUCGUUGUUUACUUGACGGUUUAAGUACUGAAGAACUCUCUGCAAGCAAAAAACGCAAAGCAUUUCCGGAGGAAGAUGAUAAAUCCCAAACUGUAGGUCCCACAUUUGUUAGUGCCAUAUUUGGGGGGCAACUUUCUAGCACUGUUAGCUGUAUAGAAUGUGGCCACUCCUCAGUAGUCUAUGAACCAUUCUUGGAUCUGUCAUUGCCAGUUCCAACUAAGAGGCCCCCAUAUAAGAAACCUCCAAUAGUGACUCAACCCAAAAAGUCAAAGCUUCCCCCAAAGAGAAGUUGGAGGGUUAAUACAAGAUCUAGCAAGUAUAUGAUGUCUCAACCUGCUCAGAAUGUUCCAGAACCUGCAGUGGUUCCUCUAAGAGAUGCAUCAUUACAUUACCUUGACGUGAGUACUUUGGCAGAUGACAUGGGUUUGUUUACGAAGGUUCCCUCUGCCACUAACCGGGAGUCUGAAAAUAACACUAUAAUCGAAGCAGAAAUUGUUACCGGCACAGAUGAAUUUACAUGGUUGGAUUUUCUUGAGCCAGAAAUGUUGCCUACCUCUGAAUGUUUAACUUUUCAGUGUGAUGAAACUGAAACUAGUAAGUAUUGUGGGAAUGGAGAUUCUGUUCAGAAGGAUGUCUCUUUGCAGAAGAAGUUGGAAUCUAAUAUGGAGAUUGUUUCAUCAUAUACAGACAUAACAUCUUCUUCAGACAAUUUGACAAGCUUGAAUAACCUAGAACAAGAUGGCCAUGGUAUUGUUUCCCAAUUCAAUGACAUAUCACUUCCCGGCGAUUGUGCAACCAAGGAUGCAUCUCAAGCUCACAAUAGUACGGGAUUUUGUGAUCAUAUUUCCUUUUCAGAACAAAAUAUGGAAAUAAACUCUUCCAUAAUGCAUUUGGAAGGCGAAGCACCGGUGCAGGUGAAGGAUUCAGAGAUAUUAUUUCUUCCAGACACAGAAGAAACCUUAUUAACAUCAUAUGAGGCACCAAAAGGAUUGCACCAAAAGGAUUCAGAAAUAUUGUUGCUUCCCUACAAAGAAGAAACCUCCUCAAUAUCUUCAUAUGAGGUGCCAAAAGAAGAAUGUGAAGUUUUUUCUGUAGCCGGUUGUCAACAAGAUGUGGAUCUUGAUGGCAUUGGAAGCUUAUUUGAUGAACCUGAGGAGACGGUUGCAAGUUGUUCUGUAAGGCCCUCGCCAAGCAGUGACUCUGAUCCCGACGAGGUUGAUAAUAGUGAUUCUACUACGGUGUCAGUGGAGAGUUGCUUAGCUUACUUCACGAAGCCUGAACAUCUUUCCAAAACUGACCAUGCCUGGAAGUGCGAAAACUGCUCAAAAGUUUUUCUAGAACAAAAGAAGAGAGAGAUGAAAGCAUUGCUGAAACGUAGAGGUGACUUUGUUGUAAAUAAAUAUGGGGAUAUGCAUUCUCAGAAUACUCCUGAGCUUGCAGCUGCCAACAGAAAUAUGGAAGGAAAUGCUUGCAAUGGAAAUAUGCUCAAUGUUUAUCGGAAAGCUGAUGAAGAUAAAGUAUCUUCCCAGCUGGAAGACAUGUCUGCUGAUCAAUCAGAGUCUUCAGGGUUGAGUAAGUCAUUUAGUCAGUUAAAUCAUCAUCGGUAUAAAGAAGAUGGCAUCUGCAGUUCGAGUGUGGAUCACUGUUGCAGAUCCCAUGAUGCUGAAAGUAUGGAGGAUAAUCACCCUCUAUUGCAAGAAUCUGGGUCAUCAGAUUCAGAUGGAAAUGUGGAUGAAGAGAUGGAUCCUGAAAUUGUCAAAGUGGAAAGAGAUGCAACUAAGAGGAUCCUCAUCGAUAAGCCACCUCUGAUUUUGACGAUUCAUUUGAAGAGAUUCAACCAAGACGCUCGAGGGCGGCUGAGUAAAUUGAAUGGCCAUGUUUAUUUUAAAGAUACACUUGAUCUCGAACCAUAUACUGAUCCUAGGCACUCAGAGCAAGGGACCCACAAAUAUCGGUUGCUCGGUGUGGUGGAACAUUCUGGUACUAUGAGGGGAGGGCAUUACAUUGCCUACGUAAGAGGAAUUAAGAAUGGAGGAAACUCUGCAUGGUAUUAUGUGAGUGAUGCUCAUGUGCGCGAGGUUUCUUUGGAAGAAGUUCUUCGCUCUGAGGCAUAUAUUUUGUUUUAUGAAGAAAUGUGAAAGGAAUCUCCUAUACCAAAUUUGAUAUCUUUGAUUUUUUUUGUAUUAUUUUAUAUAUAUUUUUAAGGUUCGAAGGUGUAGUACACCAUAAGUGAGAUGGAGAGGGGAGUGGGAGAGAAAUGUAUACUGUUUGGCGUUCAAUGUUUUGGUCCAUUUUUGUUCUAGAAAUUUUGCGGUGUAUCAAUGAGCCUAAGAAUUAAAUCUUUAGAAGACGG